CAACCCUUGAAGAACAUUCAGGCCAAAAAACCCCUUCAAGCACAUUGACAGAUGGAGAACAAAGGAUGCAGUGGAGGUGAUCAAUCCGUGCAAAGGAGGAGAGAUGCUUCUUCCUCGAGUGUUCCACAGCAUGGGAUAUCGUUUCAAGGCAUUGACACGGCUGACGGAACUCAGCCACUACCGCAGCAACAAUCAGUUAUACCUGCAACGGCACAAGGAAAAAGAAAUGCUGAUGAAAUCACUGAUCCAAAGCUUGCCAAAAAAAGACAGAUCGAUAAAGCAUCUAAGGAGAAAAAGAAGGCAAUGCAAGAGCAAAUCAAGUCUGAUAGGGAUGAACUCCAGACUGAAAAUCUUCGCUUGAAACUUGAAUAUAAUCCAUUGAUGCGCAGUCUGGAGAUACUUAAGGAUCAAAAUGAGCAAUUGAGACUUGGAAAACAGGAAAAGGAUGAGCUAAUGAAGAGCUAUAUGGAGACCCUUAAGGCUGAAAAUGAGCAAUUGAAGAUUCAAAUUCGUGAAAAGGAAACCCAGCUAUCGGUCGCCAAGGAGGAGAGAUUUAAUGCUCUUUUGGCCAAAGAGAAAUCUGAGAGUGAAAACAACUUGCUUCGAAUCCAGCUUGAAAACGCCCAGCUUCAAAUUCGUCAAUUACGUCAGUCAACUGAACCUGCUCAGCUUCAAAAUCAAUAUGGCAAUUCGAUGCAGAUUCCAUUCGCAGUUGGGGUUGGCGAGCCAAGCUGGAACGGUGUUCACUGAGCUCUCUCCGUGCUGGAGUUACGUUCCUGAGUUCCAAUAUUUCAUCUUUAAUUAUGUUUCCCCUCAAGAAGACUCUAAGAAAAAUGGGUGAGGAUAGAAGGUUGGCACUCCCAACUGAAACUUUGCGCACCAUGCGGAAUGUCAGGGGUGAUUUGAAUUUAGUUGUCGUUGGAGAUUAUUUAGUUUUCGUUCGCAUCCGAAGCCUUCAAAGUAACAGUCAGGCUGUGUUAGCAGUCCCCAGACGCAUUCCCAUCCGCGCCCUUCGCUUCUUGCUUCAGAACUUAAAUAUUUUGUUUUUCAUAUAAUAAGUUUUUCCAAUCAGAUUGUGCGUGGGCAGGAGGUGGAAACUACCGCUAGAUAUUUUUUAUUGGAAGUAAAUUAGUACAAUAAAAAAAAAAAAAGUAAAUUGUUUUUUUUUAAAUAACAAUUUACUUCUUUUUUUUUUGUUGUAUACUAAUUUAUUCCGAUUCUAAAAUCUUAGGAGUAGAUUUUCACAUUCUGCCUUUUUGUUUUAUGUUUUGUCUUCGUAGUCCAAAUCGGAGAUGUAAUUUUUCUUUCUCUUUUCUUUUAUUGUAAGUUAGAAUGUUUCGUACCGGCAGAUCAGCUGCAUUGGAUAGGAUACGUCAAUGACAGCUGCUGCUAUUUAUCUUUUUUCGUUCGAGCUGCUCUUUAUUAAUCCUCAACUGGGUGAACAACCCCACGUUAAAGGGUGUAGUGUGAGUCCAACUUUGAAUGUUUGAGUCAUGGUCUCGUUAUGGGCCAAUAUUGCAAAUAAAUUGUGUGACAUAAU